CAGCGCGGCGGGGGCUUCACCCUGCACGGCUCCUCCUGCCCCCCCCGGAGAAGGGGGCUCACUGCACCCCCCGCCGCCGGCCCCCUGUCCAAAGCCCGGAUCAUGGAGCCCAAGCCGCGUCUUUUCAAACGGUCCGCCUCCCCCGGCGGCAGCGGCAGGAUCUGCUCCCCGCCGCCCGGCUUGACGUCAGCGGGACCCUGCUGCCCUGACAGCAGCCCCCCGGCGGCCGGCUUGUACUGCGGGGUGAUCUCCGCCUGCAACAAGCCGCUGCCCGCCGCCGCCAGCAACGCCGUGUACACGGUGCUGGUGGAAGACCCGGCGUCGCUCCGGAGGCGAUCCCGGCGCAGGAGCGCCGGCGAGGACGGCGCCGGCAAGAACCCCGGCGGCAAAGGCAGGCUGCAGCUUCUGCAAAAGAGCCCCAGUCACUGCAACGGCAAAGUGUUUCCGGGAGAAGCAGAAUCCAUCAACGGCCAGCUGCGGUCCCUCUCCGAUCCGUUGGGGCUGAAACAGCCGGAAGAAGAGGCGGCAGCUUUGCGGCUCCUGGAACAGAGUCCUUUGCACCAGUCGGCUUACAUCCCUGUGCCCAGGCAAAGGAGGCUCUCCGAGAAGGCGGGCAUCGACGAAGUCAUGGCGGCCGCGGUCCUCACCAGCUUGUCCACCAGCCCCGUUGUGCUUAACCACGCGCCCAACGGUUUCGGCACAGAGAUGAACGGCGAUGCGUGGAAGGAGGGUCUGGGCAUGUCCUCCAGUUGCAGCAGCAACAGUGGCGAUUGGAGCUGGGAUGCUCCGAGCGACCUCUCCACCCCAUCCACACCAUCGCCCCCGCUCUCAACGGAUGCUGCCCCCAGCUUCCUUUCUUCCCUGCAGUCAGAACUCGAGGAAACGGAAGCGACUCACUUCCUGUUCGGCGAUCCGAUCCCCAGGAAGAGGAAGAACUCCACCAAGGUGAUGUUCAAGUGCUUAUGGAAGAACUGUGGGAAGGUACUGAGCAGUUCCUCUGGGAUGCAGAAGCACAUCAGAACCAUCCAUCUGGGGCGGAAAGCUGACCUGGAUCAAAGCGAUGGGGAGGAAGAUUUCUACUACACCGAGCUGGAUGUCAACGUGGAUUCCCUGACAGAUGGUCUGUCCAGCCUGACUCCAGUCUCGCCCACCUCCUCGGUGCCCCCUGCCUUCCCCAUCCUGGAGGAGGUCCAGGAGACCCCACCAAUCCCGUUCAAGCCGGAGGUCUCCAUGGUGUCUCACCUGAGCCAGUCAACACCCAUGACCAUUCUGAGCCAAUCCGCACCCACGAGCCUGUGCCACAUCCAAACUGACCAUGCCUACCAGGCUUCAGGACCUGCUGGUGUGUUGACAGAUCUGACUGCCCCAGCCACUGGAAUGGAAAUCAGCAUAUCAUGGCAGCAGCCGGCCCUUUUCCCACCACCUCUUCCCCCCGUCCUCUUCAAAAGCCCUGCGGGCUGCCUCACCCCCAUUCGGCCUGCCGAUGCCGGAGAGAAACCUCCCCCAGCACCCCACACACCCGUUGCCAAAGGACACCCGAUAGUGCCUUCUUCCGUUCCAAAGCCUACAGCGGGCACCAGGAAGCCGCGUGGCGAGGCAAAGAAGUGCCGCAAGGUCUAUGGGAUGGAGAAUCGUAACAUGUGGUGCACUGCCUGCCGUUGGAAGAAGGCUUGCCAGCGGUUUGUCGACUGAGUGGUGCCGUCUUCCUGCCGAGCUCCGGGAUGCCGCCUGCAGCUCACGAUUCUCCUUGCGCAUUUUGCACUUCUGUGCCUUUCCAGCCUGACCUUGCUCACCAUCCACCCUCAUCCUGGUGAAAAACGGCUUCCCACCCAAGGUGGAGGGCUCCCACCUGUGCCUUGGCUCAGGAAAAAAGAGUCUCUGGUGUGGACGGUCGUGGCGGUAGCUCCAUGAGAAGGAAAGCGGGGGUCGUCGUCGUCCGUCUCUAGCUGUGCAACCCACAUGGAACCCCACCGAAGGCUUCUAAACUACCACAAUUGGAGUCUUUCUGACUUAAUUUUGCAUUACUAGUUUUUUAUACCUGCCAUCAACCUCGUUAGGUUAAUGGCAACUCUAUCCAUGUCUGCCCGUAUGAAGAUCAUCCCCUUUUCUUUUCUUUUUCCUUUAUGGUGUCUUUCUUUUCUUUUUGUUUUUUUUAUAGAGGGAAAUAAGCUACUUUUCCUGCCCCUCUGCUCCAGGAGACCCAUCCGUUCCUCCCCUCCCAUUCAGUGUCUUGCAGCAUUGAAGACUUGGAAGAUGGGUGAGCCAGCAGUGCUAAGUAAAAGAAAAACUGCAUAAAGGGAUCUGGCUGUUAGAGCCAAAGGCCCAAGUCAGGCUGAGCUUUCAGGCUAAAAGAAAACAGAUCUUUAUAUCUGCUUUUGUUUUUUUCCUGGGUUGUUUCUUUCUGUUUAGCUUCGGUAUUUUUGGCCAAUGAUGCAAGAGGCAUUAGAAGGACCCCACCCCCACCCCCACUCUGCCUUCACCCAUUUCAGUUACUGGAUGCAGUAUGUUUCUCUGAGAGAAAAGGUAUUCUCCAUGCUAUUUUUAAAAUCUGGAUUUUGAAGAUGAUGUGCCUAGUCAAGUCUAGGGCGCAGAUGUGAUUAACAAAACUGUUCCGUGUCCCCUGAACCUUGGAAGCCGUUGUGCUUUCACGCCCUUUUCCUCCACAUGCUCCCCUUUGCUUUCUUUUUUCCCCUGCGUGCAAAGCCCAUGGUGCCUGGAGAAGGCAGCUGUUAAAGGAAACUUUCAGACUUUGCAGUCUGGCUUAAGAAUGGCCCCACAGUGGAAUUAAUAUGCUGGUCUCUUGCAAGGAAUAAGCUAUGCACUCAAACGGCAGCCUGGCCUUUUUUCCUCAACUCAGAAUGAAUUUGCAUUGCAAGUCACUCUGACCGCACAAGGGAACGCUUCAACUUCUAUACCCAUCAUCCCAGACUUGAGUUGCACGUUUUAGUGAGAAACUGAGGGACGGAUCUGCAGCAGGUUUUCCUUUGGCGCUGGAUCUGGGCAGCAAAACUGAAAGUGCAGCAAAGACACUCGACUCCCCAACCCUGCAAUUCUGGCUUGAAUUUGAAUUUUGGAAUCAGGAUUUAUUUUUUAAACAAAACAUCUUGAGUUUGUUUUCGCAGUGAGGGAAACUUGCCAAAUGUUGAACAUUGAGGUUUUAUUUAGCUCUGCUUUUUUCACUGACUUCCUUCUACCUGUCUGAAAUUCUGUGGCUCAGCUUUGCAGGACUGAGAUGUCGUUGCUUUUCGGGGAAGGGGGGCAUCCAUUCAGCAGUGGUGUGCUGUUCUGCACUUAAAUGCGCCAGAUGGUGACGAUACAAGAGCCGGGGCACUUCCUGUGUCAAGGGAUUGCGCAAUCAUCCAAGGACAAGUUCUGCGGAAGCCUCCCCCCCCAAAUGUGGGGUCUUCCCCUCAUUCUGUGGGGAGGGCUUGUGCAGAAGCAUGUCAUAAUGCCAUUGUGCCCUACACUUUUAAUCUGGAGAAAAUAUUCUGGAAUUUUAAAGGUAUUGCACAUGUAAAAUUCGUUAAUGUUCUAACCAGGAUUUCAUCUAUCUCCAUAAAUAUUUAGCUAGGCUGUU